AUGGCACCCUCUCCCCGGACUCAGAGAGGUCCAGGUUACAGACGUCACUGGUCGAGGAUCUUUGUUUUCUCUCCACCUCUCGGUGGAGGAAUACAAGUUUAUCAUCCAGCCAGGGACGACGGUCUCCUCUGCCGCUCCUCUCCUCCUUCUGUCGGCUUGCACUGGUCUGUUUCCUCCCGUAUGGUGGAUAUCCUGCUCAAUACUUCUUUCUUGGAUGAUAUGGGGGAUCAUUCAAAAAAGAAGUCGGGAAUCGCAAUGUGUGUGGGCUGUGGAAGUCAGAUACACGACCAGUACAUCCUGAGAGUCGCCCCGGACCUGGAGUGGCACGCAGCCUGCCUCAAGUGUGCAGAGUGCAGCCAGUACCUGGACGAGACCUGCACUUGCUUCGUCCGGGACGGAAAGACUUACUGUAAAAGAGAUUAUGCCAGGUUAUUUGGCAUCAAAUGUGCAAAGUGUAACACGGGCUUCUGCAGCAGCGACCUGGUGAUGAGAGCCCGGGACAAUGUGUAUCACAUGGAGUGUUUUCGGUGCUCGGUGUGCAGCCGACACCUCCUGCCCGGAGACGAGUUCUCCCUGCGGGAGGACGAGCUGCUGUGCGGGGCGGACCACGGUUUGCUGGCGGAGCGGGCCUCUGCAGGGAGCCCGCUCAGCCCGGGGAACAUUCACACCAGACCGCUGCACAUCUCAGACCCGGUUUCGGUCCGGCACCCUCCUCAUCACCGCAACCACGUCCACAAGCAGUCCGAGAAGACCACCCGGGUCCGGACGGUGCUGAACGAGAAGCAGCUCCACACUCUGCGGACCUGCUACAACGCCAACCCGAGACCGGACGCCCUGAUGAAGGAGCAGCUGGUGGAGAUGACCGGACUGAGCCCCAGGGUCAUCCGCGUCUGGUUUCAGAACAAGCGCUGCAAGGACAAGAAGAAGUCCAUCCUGAUGAAGCAGCUCCAGCAGCAGCAGCACAGCGACAAAACCAAUCUGCAGGGCCUGACAGGCACACCUCUGGUGGCAGGCAGCCCUAUCCGGCACGACAACACCGUGCAGGGGAAUCCAGUGGAGGUGCAAACCUACCAGCCACCCUGGAAAACCCUCAGCGACUUCGCCCUGCAGAGCGACCUGGACCAGCCCGCCUUCCAACAACUGGUGUCUUUCUCCGAGUCGGGAUCUCUGGGCAACUCCUCCGGCAGCGACGUGACCUCUCUGUCGUCGCAGUUACCGGACACACCGAACAGCAUGGUGCCGAGUCCCAUCGACACGUGA